AUGCCGACUAUCACGACGACAAUCGAGUUCAUAAAGGAUGACCCAAAGUUCAUCGUGGGUUCCAAAGGCUGCGAGAAGCCUUACUACAUCAUACCAGUUGAAGGGGGAGCCGUGAAUCCACUGACUGAUAAGGUGACCAACAUGGCCUACGAAAGACAUGUUGUUGGCGUGCGCGAUAUCAGGGAAGCCCAGCCGGCGCCAACCCUGGAACGUAACGGCUUCAUUCUUUCGGCGCACAAGAGCAUGGCUAUAGCUUCUCAUGAUAGCGAGAGCAUUGAUCGCUAUAAGCAAGAGACCCAGGAGCUUCUUAGGAAAGUGUUUCCGGACGCUGAAGAAGUAGUCACCUGGGAUUUUAGACGGCGCCUCAACAAGAAGACAACCCCUAGUCAAGUAAGAUUGGACACCUUCAGGUUUGAAGAUGAACUUCACAUUGAGGGACCUGCCAAAGGCGCACAUGACGCGACCCUUGACAGCGGUCCAGCCAUUGUCCAAAGACACUUGACUCCCGAGAUGAGAUUAAAGUACCUGAAAGAAGGGGCCGAGGAGUACAGAUUUCGCAUUGUCAACACAUGGCGACCUUUGAACCAACCUGCUCUGCAAGACAAUCCGUUGGCGUUCUGUGACUACACCUCGGUGUCGCACGGAGAUCUUCUCCCCUGCGACCGAGUGUAUCCUCAUUUCGUCGGGGAGAUAUUUAUGCUGCGGCACAGCCCGGCGCAAGAAUGGUACUGGGUAUCUCAUCAAACCCCGGACGAGGUCACUGUCAUGAUCAUGUAUGAUACAAAGCCUGGAGAUGGAGGCGCUCGCCUCUGUCCUCAUGUUUCGGUGCAGAAUCCAUUGGCAGAUCCCGAAAGCUCUCCUCGAGAGUCGAUUGAGACACGGUCUAUUGUUGUUUCAAGGGUAAAAGCUUGA